AUGAUCAGUCCACCACCCCCGUCCUCGCAUCACAAUAGUAUUCCCACAUCCAGUCAGGACAACGAUUCACCAUGUAGUUCGUCCACUGCUACCCCGACGGCUGCCACAACUGUUCAAAAUACACUCACCUCCCAAGCUACCGGAGGCGACCCCGUCAUCGGCCAAGUAACUCUAGGUGGAAGAUUCACCUGCCUAAGCAAAAUCUGUCGUGAUGAUGAAACCCUCACAUUCAAUCGUCACGCCGACUUCAAACGUCACUACACCAACAUGCACGCGAGAAAACUGACGGAAUACUUUUGCCCGGAAAAGGGGUGCCAUCGCUCAAGGCAUCCCGCGGAUGGAAAGAAAGGGCGAAGUUUCAAGGGGCGGAGGGAUAAGAUGAAGGAGCAUGUGAAGACUGUGCAUGAUAACCGUGCCAGGAAACGAAGGAGAGUUGAAGAGAGCGAAGAAAAAGAUGAAGAUGAGGAUCCCUUGGGGACUGAUGGUAAUGAUAAGUCAAGGUUGUAA